GAAAUGGCGAUGGCGACCAACACUCCACUCCUCGUCUCCUCCUGCAACGGCUGCCGCCCCUAUCCACACCGCCACCGCCACUUCCCCAAGCCUAACGCGCUGCCCCCUCUCCGCUCCUCCCUGCGCACCACCCCGGCCGCCUCCCUCAUCCCCCUCCCGCGCCGCCGCCGGAAUGUCAGUGCGGCCUACGGCGACGACGACAUGGACGACGACUUUGGGGACUUCGACGCCGACAACGAGCAGGACUACAACGUCGACUACGACCGCCUUCUCGCGCCCGUCAAGCCGCCGCCGCUGUCUUCGCUGCACGGGGAGGAGGGGGACAUCGCCAUGGUCGCCGCCGACAGCUUCAUCUCCACGUAGGACUCCGCCUCCGACACCGUCGUA